AUGAUUGACUGUUGUGCAAAGCGUGUUGUGAUGUCUCCGUGUGAAUCCACAGUCAGUUCCUCGCCGUAUAUUUCAUUGCUACAGGCUAGGAGAGCCUUGAGAGUAGGGGCAUUUGGCUAUGUCAUGUUGGGAGGUUUGACGGAGGAGGAGCAUGAUGAGCAUCUGAGAAUUGUGCUGCAAGUGCUGAAAGAGAAGAAGCUGUAUGCGAAGCCUUCCAAGUGCGAGUUUAGGCUUAGGUCCGUGAAGUUCCUUGGGUAUGUAAUUUCUGCUGAGGGAGUUGCAGUGGAUCCCAACAAGAUAGAGGCAGUGAUGGAUUGGGCGAGGUCCAAAACUGUUUCUGAAGUUAGGAGUUUCUUGGGUUUGGUCGGGUACUACAUGAGGUUCAUUGAGGGAUUCUCCAAGAUGGUCUUACUGUUGACUCGCCUUACUCGUAAGGAGACUCCGUUUUUGUGGACGCACGAGUGUGAGGAUUGCUUUCAGGAGUUGAAGGGAGAUUGA